AUGUGCAAAAAUGUUCAGGUAUUUAUAAACAGUCGUGUAAAUAAACCUUUCGCUAUAUAUUCCUCCUUUCCUCUCUUCUCUAUUGCACUCCUCACAGUAAAUACUAUUUCCCUCUCCCGUGACUCCUACCACUUCAACCCCCUCGAACACCUCGCCGGCGUUGCCCCUUUCUUCGACGCGUUCGAUCCCCCACCCAAACCCUCCCCUCCCCAAGGCUGGAAUAUAACGCGUGCAGCCUACCUCAUCCGCCACGCCGCCGUCUACGCCAACGACUUCGACUACGAAACCUACAUCUCACCUUUCGUCCAAAAACUUUCGAACACAACCAUUGACUCGUCUUAUAUCCCCGCCCUCUCCUUCCUCUUGACAUGGACGGAUCCGAUCAAUUGCGGAGCAGGGGAUCAAUAUCAGGGAUUGAGAACACCGAAGAAUAUCUGGACGUCAAUUGCGAAAAGGGCGGUUAAGAGUGCGAAGAGCUUGGCGGCUGGACUUACGGAUGAUAAGUCAGAUAUGCAGGUUUUGCAGAUCUCGGAGGGGGGGAAGAGGCAAGUGAUAGCACGCUUCUACGCCUCCGCCCCAUCCUACAACUCCACACUAACAGACACCUACGCUAUCUCCCUCCUCUGCGGUAGCUCGCCAUUCUGCUUUCUCUCCCUGCUCACGCCUAACGAAUGGCUCGGCUUAGAAUACACAAACGACAUUCAAUGCCACUACAACACAGGGUACGGCUCCCCCACCUCCGGGACCAUCGCCUUCCCUUGUGCAAACGCCACCUUCAAUACCCAUUCUAGCUCCCAGAAUUCCUCGUCAAACGCAAGCAGCGAUCAAGAUCUCGCUUUCUCUGGCGCUAAUAAUAUCAACGGCACAAUGCCACUUAAUACCAUAAAUCACAGAAGAGCAUGGAAGGGCUCGAAUGUUUUGCAAUUUCUGACGAAUGUAGUGAUCGAGGAGAUGAGCCGUGAUAGUUUUGGGUAUGAGAGUCUGGAAUAUUGGAGGGUGCUAGUUAGCGAUAGUCCGCAAAGUCUUUAUGGGUGCAGAGACUUGAUGGGAUGGUUGGCUGGCAGGGCGGAGACGGUUGAGGAGUAUGGGGAUACAUGUCAAGUAGAUUACUUGAACAGCACUGAUGCGUUUGGUAUCUACAACUCGUGA